UCCCGGUCUUUGCAGUGAAGACACGCGCACAUGAUGUUAGGACUCCAUGCGUUUCUCCCCCGCUCUCGGCGGGAGCACUGAGCCUGCCCUGUGUGUCCUAGUGACGCCGGAAGAUGGCGGCCUGCGUGCAGCUGGGAGCUGGGAUAAAAUGGCGGCGCUGGAGGUAGCGGAGAGAAUCUUUCCACCCCAUAUGGAUUACUAUGUCAUUCAUGAAGUGUAUGAUGGUGACUUCUCUCAAGAGCAGUUUGAAGCGGAGUUAGAUGCUGCCCUGGAACACCACUAUCAGUACAUUUUUAUUGAACCAGCACGCCUGGGAGAUGAAACUGCUCGCUGGAUCUCUGUGGGCAACUGCAUACACAGGACUUCAGUUAUAACAGGGGUUGUAUGCCUCUUAUCACCAUUUGGGCUUCCUAAUAGCUGUGCUCAUUAUGUAGGACUAUCAGCUGGAGCUUUAAGUGUGGCGUGUGCUGCUCUUUAUGGUGUCUCCUGGCAGUCUGACCCAUGCUGCCAUUAUCAGGUGGAUCUGAGCGGGAAAAAGCUUGCACUACUCCCUGCGGGGACGCUAAGGACUUCCUCACCAGUAGUAUUAAUUCGCAACGAGGACACGCAAAGAAAGAGACUUCAUAAUGUCAUUGCACUGACUGCCCUAGUAUAUUGUGCCCAGAAGCUUUUUGAAUUGUGCACAGACUAAUAGCAUACAUCUGGCUCUUACAGUAAAGAUAUUGAUCAAUGAUA